ACUGGCAUAUUUAUAUUUGUUUAUCUACCUUUUCACAUGUUUGCAUGUAUAUUCUUACUAUCAGGCUGCUGUAGCACCAAAUUCCCCUGUGAAGGAUUAACAAAAGUUUAUUUAAUCCUACCUUAAAAUUUAAAACUAUUCACUCACACUGAACUGGCAAUAAAGGAAUAAAAGAAUAAAAUAUGUCUGACUAUGCUGUUAUAGGAGGUGAUCAUUUUCAGUUGUUUAUUUUCCUAAAAACAUCAUGUCCUGAAGUGUUACAUUCCCUGGGAAUGAGUUACUAUACAAACUAUAACGCAUUACAAUGAAAAAUGCGCGUUAAUAUAAAGCGCUGAUCUGCACCAUUGUUAGAGCUGCUGUUGUAGAAAAUUAAUCAAGUCCCCUUGACCAAUCAGAUUCGAGAAUCCAGCAGCGCUGUGGUGAAGGUCUUAUUGAGCGUAACUCCUCCUACUAGACAUGCCCGCUAAUUAAGGAACUUCCAACUGCACCAUUUUCUCUCCAAACAGCGCAAAGUGUCCAAUGAGUAAGAGAGGACAGACAUCAGAGCCUACAUCUACAUCCGGCAAUUUUAUUUCUUUUACUUUCUUUCUUUUUUUUUUUUUUUUUACGUACAACUUUGUGUAGAUGACGUCACUGCAAGAGGAGUGCGCAUCGUGCUGAAUUCAUCCUGACUUUGAAUUCACUUUGAGAGGCUUUACGUUUAAGAGCAAGAACAUGACACCAACAGACUUCCUGCUCGAAUGUCGACUGAAGAACUGAGACAUCUUUCGCAUUUCGAAAUGAACUCCACUGUAGAUAUCAUGCCGUCCGCCAAGGUGAACAUGAACAAGGUGAUUCGCGAGGGCUGCGAGCCAAACCCGUUGGAACGACUUCCGCCUCCCGCGAGCUCUAACAAACCCCUCACGCCUUUCAGCAUAGCAGACAUUCUCGGGAACCCGAGCGGAGGCACGCCCGCUCACCUGAGUUCACCUGUGCGCGCGAAGCACUGCAUCACGUCUCCCGUGAGUCAGACGUCACCGCUGUGCGCCCUGCAGGAGCUGACUAGUAAAACCUUCAGAGGUCUGGAGCUGGGUGUGCUCCAAGCAGCAGAGGGUAGAGAUGGACUCAGUGCCUUUGGCCAACGGAGCAACCCGAAAAAGCGCAGAAAGUCCAGGACUGCGUUCACACACCACCAGAUCUACGAGCUGGAGAAACGUUUUUUGCGUCAGAAGUAUUUAUCUCCCGUGGACCGGGACCAGGUCGCGCAGCAGUUAGCGUUAACCAACGCGCAGGUCAUCACCUGGUUCCAGAACCGCCGCGCCAAACUAAAGCGGGACAUGGAGGAGCUGAAAGCGGACGUGGAGUCGGCCAGAGCAGUCGGGGCCGUGCCUUUAGAGGAAACAGCCGCACUGGGUGAACUGGAAGGAAGUGCGACAGAAAGCAGUGGACACAUGGGGACACAGUGGUCCUCUCAGCUCAGACACGAGCUGCAGAGCGCGCACAAAUUGCACAUGUUGUGCACCACGUCGGCUUCCUUUUCAGACCACACAAGUCACACUGACUCUGAAGACGAGGACGUGGAAAUAGACGUGGAUGACUGAUUGCUCACCAGGGUGGAGAGAGAGUUAAAUGACUCCGUUUUUUAUUAAUAUUCCUGCUCUGUUUAUUAAAAUCAUGGAUUAAGUUGCUCUCACGUUUCGUCAUGCUGCUGUCAUUGCAUUUGGCAAACGCCUUUAUCCAGCUUGACUUACAUUUAUCUUAUUUAUAUAACUGAGCAGUUGAGGGUUAAGGGCCUUGCUCAAGGGCCCAGCACUGGUAGUUUAGGAGUGCUGGGAUUUGAACUCAUGACCUUCUGAUCAGGCAUCCAACAUCUUUAACCACUGAGCCACCACUGCCACCCGUGUCGCUUCUCUCUCAAGUUUCGGUCUGGGGGUUGAUUUACAGCCUUUAUGGGAUUCAUAAACUCAUCUACGAGUAUUUAUAACAGAUGGGUUUAUCCAGUUUGUACAAUGAGAGUUGUAGAAUAUUGUUGAAUGAAAACCUAUUACCUCUACAAGUGCCUCAAUUCUAGGCAUUUAUUUUAUUUUAUAGACCAAUUCUGUUUAAAUGUGUUUGAGAAUAAAGCUAAUUGUUUACAAACUAUUAAAUUUGUCCCCAAUUCUUAUUUUUAUUCUUCUUGCAGUUGUUAUCAGCCUACAUCGCUAAUAAUAAUUUCAUCUCACCUGACGAGCAAGAAGGAUUAAGUUCUAUUUGAUGACAAAUUAAGAGCCAUCAUAAGAGCCUUAACUCUUACUAUACGAGUUAAUAUGUACGUACUUCAUAUUGUACUAUACGUACAAUAUGAAACAGUUUGUUUUUUUUUGUUUUUUUUUACAUGUAGGCUAGAACUUGCCUUUUUUUACUCACAUGAUUCAUUCAUUGCAAACAUUUGUCCUAGGUUUCUAUUAUUCGCACUUGAUUUUUUCCACAUGCUUCAUUUAUUUCUAAGCAUUUCCCCCCCACACAGUUCAUUUAUUUCCACGUGUGUUUUUUUUGUUUGUUUGUUUGUUUGUUUUCUCCUCACGUUUUGUUUUGUCCACAUGUAGGGGAUGUGAAAUUUUUAGAUUUGAAUUUCUCGGUGGUUUCCCCCCCACGUGUUCACAUAUUAUUCAUAUGAUGUCACCUACAUUUGUACGAGUUAAAAAUGCACAUUCACAUGUUUUUCACAUGAGCAAAUAAUAUUCACGGAAUCACAGAUGGGAAAAGUCUGCUAUGAGAAAGUUGUUGUUUUUUGUUUUGUUUUGUUUUGUUUAGGGGUUUUUUUUUGUUUUGUUUUGUUUUUUGGUUUUUGGCCAGGUGCAUCUUGACUUCAUUAGGCAUGUUUGUCAUUCUAGUUAACUAACUGUGUGCAGCCGUCGGGGGGGAAAAGGAGGAAAAAAAGACAACAAAAACGUGGGCAUACUCUUUAGCAAACGCUAACUGCUGCAUCUUUCUUGCCUUUUUCGUUUUCGAGGCAUUCUUGCUAUUGUUUCUAUUCUGUUUCAAAGCAGUUGGCUCUGCUUUCUUCUUUCUGUUCCUCUAUAAGCGUGUCUCGGCUUUUUGACCUGGCAUCGUGUGUUUUGGCCAUUCGGGGCCGAAAUUUAUGUGAGAAACACCAAUCUGGGAGUCUGCGGAGAAAGGAAGCCACAAAAAACACAAAGUUUGGGUCCAGUUUUUUUUUCUUUUCCUCUCUUGCUUUUUUGUUCGCACACAGACGAGGCCGUAAUUUCAGCUUAAAAAGCAUGAAGGCUGAUGUGACAAGUGUGAAUGGCUGAGAGAGAGCCUCCUGCGGCGCGCCAUACUGAAACAAGCGCGUCCCGGCGCACGGAGAAAGACGCAAACGCUUGCGGGCCAUAUGGUUUUUAGAAAUUUCCUCACAAUUUCAGACAAUUUGAUGGAUUGCGUUAACCCUUUCUUUUAAAACCGUUUAACACUGCACAGACAAAAGGCACACAGUGGCUUUUUUUGGGGGUGUACAGAGGGCAUCUGUACUCAUGAAUGUCCGCGCUUUUCUUUUCCCUUUUUAAACCCGGCAUUUUUGAACAAGUCAAUGAAUUACAAUGAAACUCUCUCUCUCUCUCUCUCUCUCUCUCUCUCUCUAUGUGUGUGUGUGUGUGUGUUUGGAGAGAGCUUUAAAUGAUAUGUUUAACUUUUUCUCACACUCCUUACGUGUGUGUGUGUGUGUGUGCGUUUUUCAUGUGAAGUGUUUGUAUGGCGCUAUAGCUUCUGACAGUCUAUCAGCACUAUCACGCAUACAGUCUGGGAAAACAUCAUGCAGACAAAAUAUUGUCUCCCAAAUACUUUAUCUGCUUCUCAUACUUCAUGCUAAGGGGCUGAAUGUUUCCUUCUUCUGGGUUCCUGCACAUG